AUGCCGAAUGAAGCCGUAAGUGACGAGACCACCAUUUCGACGAUACACAUAACUAAGAGCCUCAGGAAUGUGCCUCCUAAAAUCAACAAGCUUCAGCAAGCAGUCAUUGACCGCCUGGCCCCCGUAAUCGCCUCUGACGCAGAAUACCACCCCGGUGGUGAUGUGUAUGGUGGUCACUCAGAAUGCCUCCCUCACACGCGAGAGCAGCUUCUCAACGACAUCUGCGACUGGCUCGAUGAGUCUGAUGCGCCCCAGAAACAUCUCUACUGGCUGCAAGGAAAGGCCGGUACCGGGAAGUCUACAAUUGCACGCACAGUUGUAAGCCGAAUGAGCAGAAAGAAGCGCGUUGUCGCCAAUUUUUUCUUCAAGCGAGGUGAAGGCGAUAGGUCACGGCUUAAGCGAUUCUUCACAACAAUCUCAGCUCAGCUUGUCAGAAAACUACCCGGUCUUGCUCAGAUGGUCCAAGAUGCCUUGGAAUCAGAGCCCUCACUGCCAGAACAGGAUCCACGGGUUCAGUUCAGGAAGCUCAUCAAAGAACCUUUACAAAUGCAAACCUCCUGCCACGAUAAAGCUAUAGUGAUCGUCGUCGACGCCCUUGAUGAAUGCGAUUCAAAAGAGGAUCUAGUUGCUCUGGUUCAGCAGCUCUCGAAAUCAAUUGUCCGUACCCAAGGCUAUCAAUCUUCGUCUGGACAACUUUUAGUCAAAUAUUUUGUCACCAGUCGCUUGGACCGUCACACAAGCUCUGCUCUCCACAUAGUCUCCGAGGAGAAAUGUGAGAAAAUAGAGCUUGAGAGGGCCACAUCAGGCACCACUAAGCAAGAUAUUGAGUGCUAUUUCAAGAUCCGCCUACAGAAAAUCGACGGCUUUUUGAACCCAUUGUCAGAGUCCGACCCGUGGUCAAAUCCUGCAGACGUAGGAAUUCUCAAGAAACUUGCAGAUCGAGCGGAUCCACUAUUCGAAUUUGCCGCUGCUGCUUGUCGUUAUAUUGCGCAGCCUACUGUGCCUGGAGGGCCGAGGCUUCUCAUACAAGAUAUACUGGAUUCUAACAGUUAUGGAGACCUUGAUGGCGUAUAUCUCCCAAUCUUGAGACGGAGGUUCGUCAACCUCAAAGGGCCCCUUCGCGAUCGAGCAUGGGCAGCUUUUGAGGAUGUCAUUGGCACAGUUGUCUUCUUGGCGGAUUCCGUGACAGUUCAUUGUCUUGCAAUGCUUUCCGGGCAAGAUGAGCAAGCGGUUCGCCAAGAACUGUUGCUCUUUGAGUCAGUCUUGGUGGUUCCAAGGAAGCAGGACAGUUCACUGCCUAUCACUUUAUUCCACGAGUCUUUCAGGGAUUUCCUCAUUGGACCGGAGGCCAGCGAAGAGUUUAAACUUGAUAUGCAAAAGACGCACAUGCGUCUGGCAACUCGAUGUCUUGAAGUUCUACGCGGGACGUUGAAGGAGAAUCUUUGCAACUUGAAGAGUCCUGGAACACACCGAAGCGAAGUCGAUGAUGAAACUAUCCGGACAUCAAUAUCAGAAGAGGCCAAAUAUGCCUGCAGAUUUUGGGCCUAUCAUCUGAAAAGGUGCGGGUUGCAGCUGAUUGAUGGCGAUAAUUGGCAUUUAUUUCUCUCCUCUCGCUUUCUCCAUUGGCUCGAAGCACUUUCUUUGCUUGGGAGAUUUUCUGAGAUCAUGCCGCUGAUCCGGGAGUUGGAAGCCAUCAUACACCCGACUGAUGGAGCACAAGUGAAAGCGUUUCUGGACGAUGCUCACCGCUUCAUCCAGUACUUCGGUCAAACCAUUAAUGCCGCGCCAUUACAAAUUUACAGCUCGGCACUCACAUUUUGUCCUACUGAGAGUGUUAUUCGAAAAUCAUUUGUCGCUUGUCUGCCUGAAUGGAUUACCCGGACCCCAAUCGUCGAAGCCCAAUGGAGCGCCUGCCUGCAGACUCUUGAAGAUCAUGAAGCGCGUGUUACCAGUAUCGCCUUUUCACCUGAGGGUCUCCUCGCAUGCGAAGAUCGCCAUAAAAAUGUCAAGAUAUGGGACAUUCGAUCGGGCACCUGCCUGCACACUUUGCGUAUCAGAGACGGGGGGUCCCGGUUCAGAUCUAAAACGGCGACAAUUUCACCAGAUGGACGGUUGCUUGCAACAGGCGAUAACAUCGGAACAAUCGUCAUUUGGGAGUGGAAAGAGGACAUUUGUCUGAGACCCAUUACGGAGCAUGGCGGCAGAAUUCACUCGCUGGCAUUCUCACCAGACGGUGCACGGCUUGCCUCGGCAUCGGCAGACCGAACGGUGAAAAUUUGGGACGUUUCCAUAUUAAUGCACAAUGAGGGAAGUGAAAGUGUUGGGUCCGAUAUGGUUUCAUUGGCCUUGAACGGUCAAAGAUUCAUUACUUCAACCUCCGGUGCGUCUUCAGGUCAUCUGUGGGACAACUAUGGCAGGGAAUGCGCUGGGAUAUCGUUCGAAGGGAUGGAAGCACGUGGCAUACAGGUGUCUGCAAAUGGGAACAUGUGUGCGGCUUUUUCAGACGAAGACAUUAUCCUCUGGGACAUGGAAACAGGCGGCAGCUUGCCAAUGACGAAUUACAGUGGGAGCAUCUUUGACCCAAGCAUUUGCUCAAUAGCCCUCUCAGCGGAUGGUGGAAGGCUUGUGGCAGGCACUGAAUAUGGGACCGUCGAGGUGUGGGAGUCUCGUACCAGCGAA